AUGAGCAUCCUAACGGGAGACUUCGAAGUCUAUUUAGAAGGCAGAGCGAAUAUCUAUCUUGUCGUUAGGACGCUAGCUUAUGGCGGAAAAAAGGGAAAAGGAAACCAAGCACCAAUCGAGGCGAGCACACCGCCCAAACCACGACGAGAGAGUAGUGCCCGACGACAGGAUGCCAAAGAUCCCCGUGCCUCACCUACGCGCGACUCCCCACAACCAGCAGUACCCUGCGAGCCAAGACAACCUCAAAACCUGCACGAUCUUCUCGAUUACAGAUUAGAGAUGGGGUGCAAACCAAAGAACAAUGCGCCUGGUGCCAGCCCCAGCCCACCAGGAAAAUCACACCUCAGACCGAAAGACAUCAAGGCAAUGUUGUCGGGGGCGCCUCACUUUCUUCUGGAGAAGGGAAGACAUGGUAGAUGGUUUCCCCAGGUGAUCUUCCCAUGGGAUGAGCAGAACCCAAUAAUCCAACAUAUGUGGGAUCGCAAGCCCCUGCCCCAUGCAUCCUUUACACUGAGCACACUCCACGCCCACCUGCCAGUCCCAGACGACUGGGUCGCCAAAGGGGGGUUCCGAUCCAAUUUCCUGACUGGCGCCGCCGAACAGGCGCUACAAGCAGAGCAACAUUUGAUGUCGGGAUUUUCGAAGUACCCAACAUGCUAUCCCAUAACGGCAAAGAACCUGGCACCGUUGGUUUCCGGCACUUUCUUGAAUUAUCAGUAG